AUGGAUAUACCAACAGAUGUUUGGGGACAGCUGGCCCUCGAGGCCAGCCAGGUAUAUUUGACUGAAGGUGGAAUGAGGAGUCCCUUUGCUAAUACGACUAUAGAAAAGCUGCCAGAUAAAGUGUUGCUGAACAUAUUCUGCUACCUCACACAUCGGGAAAUAUGUCGCAUGGCCACCGUGUGCAAACGUUGGCGAAUGGUUGCAUAUGACACGCGAUUGUGGACCCAUGUCAGUUUGAGACCCGAGAUUUCUGGUUUACACGUUGGUUCCCUAGAAUCUCUCCUAGCAUUGAUUUCGAUCAGAUUCGGCCCAUCUCUUCGCUACAUCGAACUCCCGAUUGAGCUGAUAACUCACACAGUACUCCAUGAGUUAGCUGCCAAGUGCCCCAAUCUGACUCAUAUGCUACUGGACUUCAGUACUGCGAUGCAACUCCAUGACUUCUCAGAGAUGCAGGCGUUUCCUACGAAGCUGCGUUACCUCUGCAUCUGCCUGUCAGAAGUCAUCUUUAUGGAAGGCUUCAUGAGGAAGAUUUACAAUUUUAUAAACGGCCUGGAGAUAUUGCACCUCAUUGGCACGUAUGAGAAGGUAGAAGAAGAAGAAGAGGAGAUCUACGAAGUAAUCAACGUACACAAACUCAAGUCGGCCACGCCCAACCUGCGCGUGAUUAAUUUGUAUGGGAUCAAUUUUGUGGACGAUUCGCAUAUUGAUGCUUUCAGCUCUAACUGUAUUCAGUUAGAAUGUCUAGCAGUGAAUUACUGCAAUAAGGUAACGGGUUCCACUAUGAAGACUCUUUUCCAAAGGUCGCGAAGACUCACCUGCCUACUUAUGAAUGGAUGCAGUCUUCAAUCAGAAUACGUGAUGCAGGUGGAGUGGGAAAAGUCUUCGAUCCAGGAGUUGGAUGUGACAGCUACGGAUUUGUCAACUGAAUGUUUAAUCGACAUGCUUAGCAGGAUCCCGAACCUUCGAUUCCUAAGUGCAGGUCAAAUUAAUGGGUUCAAUGACUCCGUGUUAAAGGCUUGGCUGGAGGCUGGUACUACAAGGAGUCUUUUAGCCCUGGAUGUGGACUCGUCUGACAACUUGUCGGAUGACGCGUUGCAUCGCUUCCUGUCUCGAGUUGGGGCACAACUGUCGGGUCUGGUGCUAAGUGGGAUGCCCCAUAUCACUGAUCAGCUAUGGCAGAGUGUUCUUCAGCUGCUUACUAAUGCUAAGAUACUAAUAAUGGGUACACAGGAAAGACUCGGUGUCAACAUUCACGUGGACCAGUUAAUGGACGGCAUUGCCAAUAGCUGCCCCAACUUAGAGCGGCUAGAACUGCGCUGGGAUCCUGAAAACCUACGUUUUAGUGACAAGAGUCAGAAGGCAAUCGAUGUUUUGCGUGUGAAAUGUCUUAAACUCAAGAGUCUUGUGCUAAGUGAUGGCCGCUACUACGAGAUCGUGAAAGCAAACUUCGAGCGCGCGGAUCGUACCACCGUCGUUCGGACGUCUACUAACUGCCGUGUUUCCAAUUAUUACCUCUUGUCUAAUUAUAAAGAUCUUAUAUUUAAUUAA